GAAGGGGAGGAUGAGGAAGGAAGAGAUUCAGAGAAAGGUGCUCUCACCAUCCAGGAGGAGAUCAGUCAAAUCAAGCGCAAGCUGCAGGCAGGCAAGAAAACCCAAGAGAGGCAAAAGAAACGGCACCGGGAUCGCAUGGUGGAGAGGAUCCAGUUUGUGUGCUCCUUGUGUAAAUAUCGGACCUUCUACGAGGAUGAGAUGAGCAGUCACCUGGAGAGCAAGUUCCACAAGGAGCACUUCAAGUUUGUGGGCACCAAGUUACCCCAACAAACGGCCGAUUUCCUGCAGGAAUAUGUUGCCAAUAAAACCAGGAAAACUGAGGAGAGGCGGAAGGCGAUCGAGGACAUCAACGCAGUGAUCCAGCAGAUCUACAGGGACCAAGAUCUCACACAAGACGUUGGCAUGGAGCAUUUCAUCAAGAAGGUGGAGGCUGCUCACUGUGCUGCCUGUGACCUCUUCAUCCCCAUGCAGUAUGGCAUCAUCCAGAAGCACCUCAAGUCCCUCGACCACAACCACAACCGCCGGGCGAUGAUGGAGCAGUCCAAGAAGUCGUCGCUGGUGGUGGCCAGGAGCAUUCUCAACAACAAGCUGAUCAGUAAGAAGCUGGAGAGGUACCUGAAG